AUGACGUGUUUUGAGAAUGAGACGCAGGUCAUUCAGAUACAUCUUCUUGGGUUCCGGAGUCUACACAAGUACAGGACUCUUCUCUUCAUUGUGUUUCUCCUGACUUAUAUAUUUAUACUGGCAGGAAACCUUCUUAUUAUCCUUUUGGUCUCCGUUAUUGAUCACCUCAAAACCCCAAUGUUUUUCUUCCUAAAACACUUAUCCAUAGCCGACGUCUUACUAACCACCAGUGUUGUCCCUGUGAUGUUGGACACAAUACUUGCUGAGGAGGGUAUUUUGUCCUUUUGGGGCUGUAUUAUACAGUUGUUCUUAUUUGGUAUAUUUGGAUUUGUUCAAUGUUUUCUCAUCUCCGUCAUGUCCUAUGAUCGAUAUUUGGCCAUUUGCCACCCAUUACGUUAUUCUUCAUUGAUGAGUCCAGAUAUUUGCCUCCAGCUUGUUUUUUGGUCAUGGUUUUUACUCAGUGUGUUAACAAUAAGUGAGUUAUUUGUUUUAAUCCAACUUAACUUCUGUGGCUUGAACUCCAUUGAUCACUUCUUCUGUGAUUUUGGUCCCAUAGUGGAACUGGCCACUUCAGACACUUCUGUUCUGAUAUUGCAAGACUUUAUUAUUUCCAUCCUUAUGAUAUUCUUAUUUACUUUUAUAAUUAUGACCUAUGCUUGUAUUUUCUACAAAAUCCUUAAAAUGUCUUCAAAUACCGGUAGAAGAAAAGCCUUCUCCACGUGUAGCUCCCACCUGAUCAUAGUUAAUGCAUAUUAUGGGACCCUUAUCACAGUCUACAUGACUCCAUCUGAUGAGAACACAUCCCAUAUAAACAAAUACAGAUCUCUAUUGUACCUCGUGGUGACACCAUUGAUGAAUCCCAUCAUCUACAGCCUGAGGAACCAGGAGAUCAAGAGAGCCGUGCGAAAAAUGAUAAUUCUUAUUGUUCAAAAUUGA